UUAUUCAUUGAUAAAAGCUGUUGUGGUUGGUUGUGGUAGGUGGCAGGUGGUAUAUUACUUGCUCUGUGGUAGGUGAUGGUGAUUUUUAUUAAAUUAUUGAAAGAAGUUGAAAUGUGAUUGAAACUGAUCAUGUCGAAAGUAUUACUUAUUCGACAUCUUCCUAUCAACUUAUCAUUUCAAGAUAAAGAACAAUUGUUAAAACACUUUGGCGCUGAAAAGGUAUGGGAAACUGCUAAAAAACGAAAUUAUAUAUUUGCGUCUUUUUCUAGUGUUGCAAAGGCAGAAUCUAUAUUGCGCAGAUUACAUCAGCUCGAAGUAGCACAGAGACGUUUAGUUGUGGAAUAUUCGUUUGAGAAAGAACCAUCUUUAGAUAAUCGAAAAAGCAAUGAAGAUUCAUCUCAGGCUACAAUAAAAAUUAAAGAAUUCUUACGCGUAUUAAAUGCCUGGAAUCCAUCUGUAAAUUUCUAUCAACCACCACCUCCGCAUCUCAAAUACAAAUACCCUGACAUAGAUGCAAAUAUAGCUGUCAAUAUUAUAUUUGAAUUAUUCAACCAUGCGCCUCUUUACAAUCAAUUACUACACUUGAUGAACAAAAUGUCUCUGCAUGUCCCUUUUUCUGACAAACCAGAAGCUGUUGAUUUCUUUAAGAGCACCUUCAGACCUUUCUUUCUAGAUGAAAUAUUUGUACCUCCUCCGCACUUGCAAAGUGAGCCAGAAUCAGAAAUUGAAACCGAUGAAGAAAAUGAUUAUCCUAAACCGACUGUGCCAAUACAAAAACCUCUAAUAAAAAGGCAAAAUAUUCUACCAAUCACAAGGAAAAGACCUGCAGCUGUUCUGGCAACAGCUAGUAUGUCUCAGCCUAAAAAAGUUCUCAUCAGUCAGGAAGAAGUAUUUGAAGUUGUCACACCUGCUGCUGACACAAAGAAAAUAUCUCUAGUUGUUCAUCAGGAUGCUUUACAAAAACAAGUCAAAGAACCUAUAGUUGUUGGUGAACUUGGGAAGUUUGAAAAGGUGGAUAAACCUCCAGAAAACAUUCCCGAGGAUAAAAUAGAAGAGCCACCUACAAUCACUAGGAAAGAACUACUUAAAAACAGAUUAAGCUAUAGUGAUAUGAAACUUCUUCCAGUUUUCAAGAAUUACAAUCCUGGGGAACCAUCUAUGAGAUUAUAUAUUAAGAAUUUGGCAAAAUCAACAACUGAACGGGAUGUUAAAAGGGUUUACAAAGGUUAUAUAGAAAAUUUAUCAGACGAAGAACAAAAUGGUUUUGAUGUUAGAGUGAUGCAGGAAGGCAGGAUGAAAGGCCAAGCAUUUGUUACAUUUCCAUCUAUAAAAAUAGCAGAAACUGCUUUAAAUGAAACAAACGGGUAUCUUUUGAAUGAUAAACCAAUGGUUGUGCAAUUUGCUAGAGCUGCUAAUAAAAAGACUAUUGAUUAGA